AUGCACGGGAUGUGGAGGGCACUGCUUAUGGGGACAGUCCAGACUCUGGCUAAAAUAGUCCUUCUGGACGAUAUCGAUGCCCCAGAGAAGCACGGAUACAUAACGAUAGAUAGCACAAACAACAAGAUAGACCACAUUUCCAGGAAGAUACGCAGUAAGAAGGCUUCUCUCCCUGCCCCUCCAGACGGGUACGUGGAGACUCGGAAAUAUACGGAGAGAAGGUUCGAGCCCGUGGAAAGAGCGAGUAUAGGCGGUUCUACCCCGAGGAAAGUCGUGCACGUGGAGGAGGAGCCUUUUACAGUGGACUUGGGGCGAGUCCCUGUGAGGAGAGUCUACGCUCCGAUCGACAGGCGGAUAGAGGGUCUUCUCCUGGAGACGGACCGGAUAAAGAAGGAGCAGGACAAGUACGACCAGACUCGGUCGAAGAUCAGAACGAGAAAGAUAAAGCUGAAGACCCUGAAAAGCGACAGGAAACUCACAGAGAAGUCGAUAUACUUAACGCACAAAGAGAUAAAUGCCGUUGAAAAUGCCCUGGAGUCUCUGAAAUUGCAACUUGCAGAACUCAACGGAAAAUUCGAGGCAAUUUCCCGGCAGGAGAGCGAGAUAGAGAAGGACUUAGUCUCUCUCCAGGGCAAACUCAACGAGAAAGCAGCCCUUCUCCACAGACUCCACAGGCUCAAGAAGAAGUACAGGUGGCUGCAGAGUGAGUACAGUUACUACGAGAGUGAGAGCAGCGGAUUCCAGACAUAA